AUGCCAGCGGCGGCCAUGCUCAAAGAAGACGAUAACGUCGCGUGGCACACCCUUCGAGUGGUCCCAGUCCUAGUCGAACCCACCAGAGGGUUGUGCGACGACCUGAAAGUGGAUUUGCUUGUAGCUGCUGCCAAGGAUUUUCGCCGCCUCCGCGAUAUAACAGCCUUGGAGAAGCCCUGGAACCACGGGGAUACCGAACAGGUGAACAAUGCGAGGCCCGAGCAAAGGAGAUUGAGGCUGGCAAUAGCGGCGAAGAUGUGCAAGUGCGAGCGGCUCGAGCUCGAAGUGGAGUUGACUGUGGAGGUGGUAAAGGAAGCGCUCGUAAUCGAGACGCGCAGCCGGAAGGCGCUCGAAGAAAUAUUUCUGCGGUCGGCAAUCGUUCCCGAAACAGCCUGUUUUAAGCGCGCUCAAUCGGUGCGACUAUUGCUGCAAAAUGGAUUUGACAGAUUGAUGUUGAAAAAGGAUGACAAGUUGUUGGCGGCCGAAGUAUUCGGGAUGUCGGGAUAUGUCGGUGGACGGCGGGCGCACUCAAUCGAGGACGUAAGGCUUGUUGAGGGGUCUGGCAUCUCGACAUUACUGAAGACGAAACUCUCGCGGUUCUGCUCGGAACUCAUAUUGCAUCUGCGGUGCAAAUAUGCCUGCGGUCAAUAA